UUUCAGACUCUCAAACAAUAACAAACUGAAUUGUUGACAAAAAAUUAAUUUAAUUAUAUAUAAUUCUAAACAUGGCAAAUUAUAAAGUUGUUGCCACCACUGACAAUGUUAAAUGGCCGGAUUAUGUCUCCACAGUUACCCUGGAAGGAGAGCAAUUGGUGAAAGCUGCAAUUGUUUUAGAAAAAUCCCUUGUAACCUUAGAGGCGUAUGGAGGCCCAAACUUUAACAUCUCCCUAUUGAAGUCGGCAAAAAGAACUGGCAUAUUUCUAUACGAAAUCAUUGCUGAUCUUAUAGAUGCUGACGGUGAGAUAAGGGAGUGUCUAGCAAUGAUUCUAAAUGAACCCUGGAUGAAAGCCAAUAGUAUUGCUAUGGCCACAUUCGAAUUUAUGAAUGACGAACGUAGUUAUAAUAAUUGUAUUGCAGAAAAAUUGGUUAUAAAACGUAAGAAAAGUAUUAAGUAUUAUAAAAAUGAUGAAAUGAUUUAUGAAGAACAAAACAGCGCGAUUGGCAAAGGUGGUAGAGAAAGAGAUAACACUUAUUUUAGAACCCAAAUUAUAACGGAUGUUUAACAGAUAUUAAUAAACUUGUGAUUAUAGAAAAUGAUAAUAAAAAUUUAAUAGAAUUUAACAUAA